AUGGCAGACGUCACUACUCUCACUCCAAAAGCCUUCCAUCCCUUUAAGCGCCUGCCGCCCGAGCUCCGCACUCUGAUAUGGGAGUUCGCAUGGCCCAAUCUUCGCCUGCACCACGCGGUCAGACUGUGUCCCGCGGCGGAGUGUCACUGGAAGCUGUACUGCGGCGACGAUUUCGACCCCGCGUAUACGGAGAUGAAGCCCGCAUCGCUGAAAAUCAUGAUGCCGGCGAUGACGGCGGCGAACCGCGAGGCGCGCGCUCUUUCCCGGAGGUUGGUCAGGCGCUCCCUGUACGAGUAUUUUGAACCGUGUCCGACGGCCACCCUGACACCACCCAGUGAAGAAUCCGACUCCUGGCUGGCGUUCGACUGGCGCACGCGUCGCUACACCUUCCGCCGGCUUUACGCCUCCGACACGGUCGUCUACCUAUCGCCCGCAGAAUUCGAAGCAAUCCUCCUGGCCAGAAUAAAAAGCCAACAUUCGCGGUCAUAUCUCUUUGAGACGGUCGCGGUGCCGCUGACGCUGCUCCAGCGGCACUCAGACAAGUUGCGCGUGCUGAGCGAGUACUUCACCCGGCUUAGCUACGUGAUGGCCGUCGUGAAUGAUCUUGUGGACCAGCAGAAGCAACAGAGGCAACAGCAGGAGCAACAGCAUGAGCGGCGGCAGAGCUGGUGGGGCCAGUUCAUGCAGUGGAGUAGCGGCGCGGCCCAGGGAGAAGGCCAGCAGCGGCAGCAGCAACCGAAGAGGAAUAAUACGAAGAAAAAAGGCUGGUGGGUCGAAAUCUCGCACUGGGCGCAGGGGAAGUAUCUUGUCCCGGAUCCGGCCACUCCCGGGGUCGGGGAUUGGAUCCAUGAAGAGAAGACCAUGUUCAAGACGGACGUCUACAAUAUCAUCCAACGGGCGUAUCGGCGAGUUCUUGCCUUGGAUUGUGCGCAGCUUCGGGUCCGCCCGGUUCGGGCCUGUCACAAGGAGGACGGUUGGAUUGGCAUGGCUCCCGGAAGUAGGUAUAGCGGCAUGGAUAUGGCCCUCCAGGUCUCGCCGAUUGAGCCCCUGUUGCUGACAGCGCCUGAUGGUCCGGUAAUUAGGUGGGACUUGCACAAGUACUUUUGUAUCUCGAGUUUGAAUAUGAAUACAUUUCAAUGCAAUCGUACUGCACAUAUUCCCUUGAUCUCUGAUCGUAGCUCACUCAUGAUCCCGUACUUCUAUGGUAUUACUGAGAAUUCUCUGCUCAGUGAUCUCAGUCUAUAUGAUUGA